AUGUUAGUUGCACCGAUCGCUGCGCCGAGUUUGAUCAAAAGCGAUCAACCUUCUCCUCCAGUGUCUGUUGAAGAUGAUGCCCCCGCCCUUGCAGCUCGCUUGCAACCACUGUAUACGCAAUUUCUCAAGGAUCUUGAUCUAAAGCCAGCAUUCAAGAAUCACGAAAGUGAGAAGCUUUUGGAGGAGGUACUGAGACAGGCCGAGACCACUGGUGUACCUUUUCCUCCCAACUCUCAUUCCUACCAAAGUCUUAUGGUUGGAUAUGCAUACGCCGAUAACUGCCUCCCAUAUCAUGACUUGGAAGUCAAGGUCUUUGUUGCCAUAUACACAUGGCUCGCAACUAUCUGCGAUGACGCGGAGCGACUAGACAUCAUUGAAGAUGUUGAAAUGUUUCAGCAACGUUAUACUAGCGGAAUUGAGCAGCCCACGACUCUCCUACGUGCUUUUGCCAAACAACUCCAGCUCGCUUAUGUCUUAUAUCACCCACUUGUUGCGAAUCUCAUCCUUAACUCCUCUCUCAAUCUACUCACUUCUACAGCGCUUGUGGCUCGCGAGGGUAUCAAGGAGAAGGGUUAUCGUCCAUCAAAGGGUGGCAACUACUUCCCCUGGUACAUCCGAGAACGUGAUGGCGUCGGUGAAGCCUAUGCUUGGUUUACUUUCCCCAAAGCGCAAUUCCCCAAUCUGGACAUUCCUAUCGAAGCUAUUGAAGACAUGACACGAUUUAUUGCCUAUGUCAAUGAUGUUUUAUCCUUUUACAAGGAGACCUUGGGAGGCGAGACAAGCAAUUACAUCAACAGUACGGCCGCGUAUGAAGGGAUUGAUUCGAAUGCUGCCCUUCACAAAACUGCUCAAGACUCUGUUGACUGUGCCCGCCGAAUUGAAAGUGUUCUCGCGGGCAAGGGCAAGUAUGAAGAGGCUUGGCGGCUUCAUGCAUCCGGAUACCUCCAAAUGCACCUCCAGAGAGGGCGCUACAAGCUUUGGGAGGUGGGCGUUGGGAGCAGAGCAGAUGUAAAGGAGAUUCUCCCGAGAAACUGA